CCAGAUUACCAAGAAAACUUUGAUGAUAAAGAGCAGGAUGAGAGUGAUGCCAGAGAAGGGGCUCUCAAGAUGGCACUGCACUUCCUGAGGAACAUGGAACAGAACAAUAUUGCUGACAGACUGCAAGAAAUUGAACUUUGUGUAGUGUGGCAGACUGAACUGAAGAGAAAUCUCAAGAACAAGUACCAGAGUGUGUUUGAAGGAAUGCCCAAACAAGGGAGCUCUGCUCUGCUAGAGAAGAUCUACACUAGGGAUGCAACGGCUCUCUGACUGCAGUAUCACUGAGAGGAGCUGUGCAGGUCUGGCAUCUGUCCUCACCAAAGCAUCUUCAAAGCUGAAAAAUCUGGACCUCAAUGACAACAGUGUUGGAGAUAAUGGUGUCCAAGAACUGUGUAGUGGACUCGGUAACCCAAACUGUACACUGGAGACACUCGGGCUCUCUGACUGCAGUAUCACUGAGAGGAGCUGUGCAGGUCUGGCAUCUGUCCUCACCAAAGCAUCUUCAAAGCUGAAAAAUCUAGACCUCAAUGACAACAGUAUUGGAGAUAAUGGUGUCCAAGAACUGUGUAGUGGACUGGGUAAUCCAAACUGUCCACUGGAGACACUCGAGUAAGAC